CCUCCAUUUUGACCAGCAUUUCAGGAUUUUCAAAAUUGGAGCUGAUUGUUUAUGCGAACGAGAGCGGCGAUUUUGGAACGAUUGCAUUCUCCAAACUCCUGAUAUUGUUCGAAAGCAAAAGGAAACAGCGACACAGAGUAAUAUCUAUGUAGAGCGUGCUCAGAGCUGAUGCCAAUGCCUAGUGCUUUAGUUCAAAGCGAAGGAAUGGAUACAUUCACGGGGAGAAAUUCUCCGCUAACGAAGCUUAUGACAGGGGAAUUUUGCACAACGUUAUACGACUACGAUGCGGUAGACGAAGAUGAACUAACCUUCAAAGUGAGCGAUCGCAUUGAGAUUUUAUCUCGAGAUCCCGAAGUAAGCGGAGACGACGGAUGGUGGGUCGGCCGUGUUGAGGGGCAACAACGAAUCGGCUUGUUUCCUUCCAACUAUAUUACGACUGAUACAAAGAGGACCACUUUGACCGAACCUCUCGAAAUCGAUUUCAACGAGCUGGACCUGAUAGAUGUAAUCGGCGUUGGUGCGUUUGGAAAAGUUUAUUGUGCUCGAUGGAGAGAAGAGGAAGUUGCUGUGAAAGUCGCUCGCACUGAAACCUACCAAGACUACAGCGAAAUAGCGGACGCCGUCUCCAAAGAAGCCAAGUUAUUUUCCAUUUUUCGCCAUCGUAAUAUUGUAGGUUUAUACGGUGUUUGUUUGAAAGAACCGAACUUUUGUCUGGUUCUUGAAUAUGCCCGAGGUGGCGCUCUUUCUCGCGUUUUAAACACACACGGUAGAACUAUUCCUCCGAAUGUUUUACUGGACUGGGCCUUGCAGAUAGCUCGUGGUGUCUAUUACCUUCAUAAUGAAGCUCCGCUGAGUAUCAUUCACAGGGAUCUCAAGUCUGGAAACAUUUUGCUCCUAAAUAAAAUUGAGGAUGGAAACUUUGAGAAUGUACUGAAAAUCACAGACUUUGGGUUGGCUAGAGAAAUAAUGAAUACAACAAGAAUGAGUGCUGCUGGAACUUAUGCAUGGAUGGCUCCAGAGGUGAUCAGAACUAAUACUUUCUCAAAAGCGAGUGAUGUUUGGAGUUUUGGUGUAGUUUUGUGGGAGCUUCUGACAGGACAAGUUCCUUACAGAGACGUGGAGGCACUAGCUGUUGCUUAUGGUGUUGCAAUGAACAGUUUAACUUUACCGAUACCUAGCACUUGUCCUGAUGUUUUGAAAGAUCUAAUGAAAGAAUGUUGGAACCAGGAUCCCCAUAAGCGACCUUCAUUUCAGGGAAUUCUAGAAGAUCUGGAAGAAAUUUCAGAUUCUUCUUUUGUUCAAGAUGAUCCUGAUUCAUUCCGCACACUACAGGAUGGCUGGCAGACAGAGAUUGACCAGAUAUUUGAUGAAUUAAGGAAGAAAGAAAAGGAACUGUCCUCUAGGGAGGAUGAACUGCGGCAAAUACAGAUGGCGCAGGAGGUUCAUGCGGAGAGUUUAAAAAAGAGAGAAGAGGAACUUGCUCAAAGAGAGAUGAUGCUUCUUGGAAAAGAGAUAAACAUGUUAAUACAGCAACAGAAGCAACUGAAACCAUCUCCAAAGAAGAGAAAAGGUCACUUUUUUAAACUGAGGUUUGGAAGUGGAAGAAAAAUUAGUGCACCAACAGGUUUCCAGCACAGGUUUACCAUUACGUCAGAUAUCUUUGACUCAAACCCAGCAUUAACAGAAGGCAUUAACACCACAGGCCCACCAUCCCCUGCUGUGCAUCAGAGAUUCAGACUGCUGUCAUUUGAUGAUCCCGGUGAGGUCCCCGUCAGUCCACCAGACAAAAACAAAAAGAUCCGCACGUGGGGACCCAGCUCCGUGCAUCAACGAGACCGAGACAAGAGCAGGCGCGUGAAAGCCAGGGAUAGCUUUAUGACAGAAAGGUGUAACUCAGUUCCAAACUUAGGAUCACUGAUAAACCAAAAUAUUGGUGUCAACGGUAAGUACGUAACAGCAGACAAUAGCCCCGUGUCGACCCUUAAAUCUUCACAGAAAACUAAAUCCAAGCAUCGAUGCGAGGUAGCUGUUUGCUGUGUUGGUAUAAUGGCGUCCGCAGUAGCUUUAGGAGGUGACUUAAGACAGUGCGCGAAAGAUCUUCGUCCCGAAUUGCUAAGAUUAAAUUCGAAAUCGGACAAGCACAAGUCACCGAACUCCCGACGACGACAUGAAGUCGGAAAUUCCAAUCGUCGAUCUUGGUUUGGUUCAACUUCUUCUGAAGACACCUGUGUCAAUUCAAACCCUAGCACACCCGUUUGUAGUCCACAGAAUGUGGAAUACACGGCACCAGUGGACAUGAUGCGCGGCCAAAACAAAAGGCCUCUGUCUACUCCUGUCCUACUCAAGGCGACGUUUUUCAGCGAUAGUCAACCUCCAUUAACUUACAUAGAGCCCAACUCUCCUCGAGGUCGGUCUUCCUCAACUUGUUCCUCAGUCACGCUGUGUCCCGAGCAGGACAACAAAGAACUUAUCGACCUAGCCACGGAAAGACGAGACCGAAGGUCCAAGUCAAUGGAUUCGAGUGAACUCAACAGAAUUAACAUUUCGAAUGAUAGUAUUUCCAGUUUUGCGGACGACUCUUCGACCAAUACGGUGGUGAACUGCAAACGAUAUUCACAAGAACUGCAAGAUAUUUUUAAAAUCCCUCCCCCUCCUUUCUCUCCAAGGGGGGCAAGUUCACCCCGCCAGGAUUGCAACUCUACGGACUCUACUCCCAAUGCGAAAUUUAAUUUCCCAACGGGGGAGGCUAUGGGCGCUGCUAGGCCUCGCCCUAGGCCGUGGCAAGACAGUCUUAGUCCAUCGCCUUCGUCUUCGGAUCAAAGUCCAACGAGCGAACAAGAAAAGUUGACACUGUUGGACAUGCACAUGGAGGGAGAGUCACAUGACAAGACCCAGCCCUUACUAAAGUCGGAAACGGUGAUCCGGGUGCCAACUUCUGAGGAACUCUGCAAGGAGUUUGGCCAGAGAUAGCUUUUAAAACGUAGUUUUUUAGUAGGGGACAGAAAUAUCUUUAAUUUUGCAUUGUGUCUGACUAACUAGUGCUGUGUUUGGCAGUAACCCUGUCACUCCCCCCUCAAGAAAAAUUAACGCAAUGAAAUUUCCACCAAAGAGGGGACUUGAUUUUUGAAUGCCCCGGAUGGGAAGCAAUGAAUAUCUAAUGAAAAAAAUGUUACUUUUUGGUGAGCUUCGAAAAUGGAGAAGACGAGAAAAGUAAAAUAUCGAGAGCGAAAUAGAAAAACGUUUUGUUUCGUUCUAACUGGAAAUUUGGGCUGUUCAAACAUAUUUUUUCUGUUAAACUGACCCUGUACUGUGUUUAAAUAUGCGAACAGUGAACAAAUUUCGAGAGAUAUCUUGGAGGUGGAAAUUAUUUUUCAUUUUCGAGGUUUUCCAUGGAAUGUACCUCGGAACUUUGCAGAUUGCCUACUCUAUCAGUGUAGAGCUGGAGUUGUGAAUAUUUUUCCGCAUUGGCAAUACCUGUGACUUUUUUUUUUUAAGAUUUUUUUAAUUUCUUCUGAGGGACUUAUUAAUAUGUUUCAAAUAAAUAGGUCGCUGGCGAAUAUUGAAAAACUCCAUCUCUUCGUUCGUGAGAUGACUUUCUUUCUUCCUGAUCAAAGGGAAUGACAGGGUCAAUUUUUUUUUCACGGCAAUGAAGACCGGUAAAGAUUGGCACAAUCAUUGUUUUUGUUCGCUGGAACUUGAUGUAAAGCCAGGAGGUGCGAAAUUUAAAGAGGUGUUUCUUGGUCCUACUAAAAUAAGUUGGGUUUUUCUUCGCUUUUUCAUCUCGUUCAUUGGGCUAGAGUCCCUAUUAGACACUCAUUUAAAGUAAAAUUCUCGCUAUUUUUCAGUCACAUCAAAAAAUUUCUAAUAUAUAUUGCGCGUAAUACCAUCCGCAUCGAGAAUAUAGAAACUUACAUCUUCCCUGGCUUACUUUACGAAUCGACUCUAGAUAGGUAUCAGACUAAUUUCCAUCGACUAGAUGCAAAAAAAUUGCCCCUUUAAUCAGAGAAAAAAUAGGAGCGUUUCUGGAUAUAUAGGUACUAUAAAAGAAAGGAUAUUUUGUGUUUGAAUAAAUCUACAAGCGCUCUGUCCCAAAUGCUGCAAUCUGAUUGGCUACGCUUCUCACUAUUCACGCCAUGAUAUGCAGUGUGUGGAAUGAGUAGCCAAACGGUGUGCAGCGAAAAAAUGACACAACGAAAAACAUGAGCCUGCCCUGCUGUCAAUUUUUGAACAACCAGGAGAAUUAUUCUGUAUCGAAGAUUCUUCGCUCUCGAUUUCUAUAGGGGCUUCUUUAAAUUCUAUCAUCCACUAACUACGGCACAACGUUCAUUGUUGUUUGUAUCAUUGUUAGAGUCCUUUUAAUAUUUCAUAGAAAUCUCAGUUUUGUGAUAUUUGUACCACCAUGUGGAUUUGAACUUUGGUGGGAACCCUUUUUUUACGGAUUUUAUUUUAUAUGCGUUAGAAACUGCGGUCGUUCAGUUCACCCUCUGUAGAAUUGUUUUUCAACUCCUACUUAAUCAAAUUUGCCCUUCUCCAGAUGAGAAAUUGUUAUGAAUAAAUCGAAUUUUAUUGUAUAAAAGUCGCCCAGUCAC